ACUGAGGCGUUGUCUAUAAAAGCAGCCAACCAACCCAUAAGAAGGAGAGGAAGGAGAGACAGAAGACUAGUCUGUCAGCGCAGAACACACAAACACACACACACACACACACACACACUCACUGUCUGUCUGUCGGGAACAAACACGCGCCAACACAACCACUCACACACACUCCUAGGACAUGAACACUCUCAUCCUCUCCUCUCUGCUGUGUUUGGUUUUCAGCGCUCUAGGUGUCCUGGGAUCCUCAGUGACGUUCUCAGCAGGGCUGAGCCAUGUGACGGGGGCAUUGGCCUCAGGGGAAGGGGAGGAGCUACAGAGCUCUCUGGGCGAUGAGGAGGAACUGGAGCUUGAAGAAGAUCUGUCGGGAGGAACACCUACAGACGGCUCAGCACAACCAGUGCUGCGUCACAGUAAGGACCAAAAAGAAAAGGGGAAAAGUCAGAAAGGAAAAAGGAAUAAAGGGAAGAAGAAGAAGAAGACACAAAUCUCCACAGCCUUCAACCCUGAACACACGUCGUCAGGACACACGUCGUCAGGACACACGUCGUCAGGACACACGUCGUCAGGACACACGUCGUCAGGACACACGUCGUCAGGACACACGUCGUCAGGACACACGUCGUCAGGACACACGUCGGAGUUCCCGGCCGGACACACACACCAGACGUCGGGGCGUGUCACAGAGGACCCUUGUAGCUCUUCCCACACGGGCUACUGUAUCCAUGGACUCUGCAAGUACAUGGCAGACCUGAGAGAGCCAGUGUGCAUGUGUAAUAAAGGUUAUGACGGUGAGCGCUGUGGGAUCUUGCUCCUGCCUACGACGAACAAGGAAGACAACGUCAGAGCCGAGGUGGUUCAGACUGUCCUGGUCGUUAUAGCUGUGGUUCUCUCCAGCUUCAGCUGCCUCGCCAUACUGCUCAUGGCCUGCACACAUUACAGGACUCAUAAGAACUUUCUGGCUACCUAUCUGGGCAGUGAGAAGCAACAGCUCCAGAAAACCAUGCCCUGUGACAUCAAAGUGUGACCAUCAGCUGAGAACUUAAAGGUCUGGAACCAUGAGAACCGGGAGAACCAUUGGAGAAACCGGUGCCGGCUCUUACCCAGCGGAGUGAUCUACUGAACACACUCUACAACGCCAGACAGUAGAACUUUCUGUAGAAGAACCAGCAUAGAACCGCCUUGAAGAACCAGCAUAGAACCGCCUUGAAGAACCAGCAUAGAACCGCCUUGAAGAACCAGCAUAGAACCGCCUUGAAGAACCAGCAUAGAACCGCCUUGAAGAACCAGCAUAGAACCGCCUUGAAGAACCAGCAUAGAACCGCCUUGAAGAACCAGCAUAGAACCGCCUUGAAGAACCAGCAUAGAACCGCCUUGAAGAACCAGCAUAGAACCGCCUUGAAGAACCAGCAUAGAACCGCCUUGAAGAACCAGCACAGAACUGCCUUGUUAUUGUAAUUUAUUGGAUUAUUUAUUGGUGACAGAGUGUUGUUUUAUUAGAUAUGAUUGGACUGCGAUGUUGAGCAUCAUGCUACCGCUACGUUAUUGUUAUUUAUUAACCAUACUGUUCCUAGGUCAGAUCUACUGUACUGGAAUCAAUCUGUUCACCAAUAAAGUCCCUCUCUGUUAAGAAAA